UCUCCCCGCCCCCUCCUUCCCUCCCUCUUCCCUGCGUCCCUCCCCGCCAGGCUGGAGGCUGCUCGGGACCCGGACGCAGAGUCCUCCGACCCGGCUGCAAGGCGGACACGAGAGACGCGGCGCGCACGCUCCGGCCCGCGGUGAGCCCGGCCUGGCCAUGGCGGCCCCCCGCCCGCCUCCCGCGAUCUCCGUCUCGGUCUCGGCUCCGGCCUUUUACGCCCCGCAGAAGAAGUUCGGCCCGGUGGUGGCCCCAAAGCCCAAAGUGAAUCCUUUCCGGCCCGGGGACAGCGAGGCUCCCCCGGCCGCCGGGGCCCAGCGCGCGCAGAUGGGCCGGGUGGGCGAGAUCCCCCCGCCGCCCCCGGAAGACUUUCCCCUACCACCCCCUCCUGUCCUUGGGGAUGGCGACGACUCGGAGGGUGCUCUAGGAGGUGCCUUCCCACCUCCCCCUCCCCCUGUGGAGGAACCGUUUCCCUCUGAGUCUCUGGAGGAGGAGAUCUUCCCUUCCCCUCCGCCUCCACUGGAGGAAGAGGGAGGGCCUGAGGCUGCCAUACCUCCCCCACCACAGCCCAGGGAGAAGGUGAGCAGUAUUGAUUUGGAGAUCGACUCUCUGUCCUCGCUGCUGGAUGACAUGACCAGGAAUGAUCCCUUCAAAGCCCGGGUGUCAUCUGGAUAUGUACCCCCACCAGUCGCCACUCCAUUCAUCCCCAAGUCCAAUACUAAGCCUGCAGCUGGGGGCACAGCACCCCUGCCUCCUUGGAAGUCCCCUUCUAGCUCCCAGCCUCUGCCCCAGGCCCAGGCUCAGGCUCAGGCUAAGCCUCCCAGCCAGACCCAGUUCCAUGUGCAGCCCCAGGCCAAGCCUCAGGUCCAGCUCCAUGUGCAGCCCCAGCCCCAGGCUCAUCCCCAGCCUGUGCCUUUGGCUAACACCCAGCCUCGAGGACCCCCAGCCCCAUCUCCUGCCCCUAAGUUUUCUCCAGUCACUCCCAAGUUUACUCCCGUGGCCUCCAAGUUCAGCCCUGGAGCCCCGGGUGGACCUGGGUCACAGCCCAAUCAGAAGCUGGGGUCCCCUGAAGCUCCCUCUUCCAGUAGCACAGGCUCUCCUCAGCCUCCCAGCUUCACCUAUGCUCAGCAGAAGGAGAAGCCCCGAGUGCAGGAGAAACCGCAUCCAGUGCCCCCACCGGCUCAAAACCAAAAUCAGGUCCGCUCCCCGGGGGCCCCAGGACCCCUGACUUUGAAGGAGGUAGAGGAGCUGGAGCAGCUGACCCAGCAGCUGAUGCACGACAUGGAGCAUCCUCAGAGGCAGACCGUGGCUGUCAACGAGUCCUGUGGCCGGUGUCAUCAGCCCCUGGCGCGCACGCAGCCUGCCGUCCGGGCUCUGGGGCAGCUGUUCCAUAUCACCUGCUUCACCUGCCGCCAGUGUGAGCAGCAGCUGCAAGGACAGCAGUUCUACAGCCUGGAGGGGGCGCCCUACUGCGAGGGCUGCUACACUGACACUCUGGAGAAGUGCAACACGUGUGGGCAGCCCAUCACUGACCGCAUGCUGAGGGCCACGGGCAAGGCCUACCACCCGCAGUGCUUCACCUGUGUGGUCUGCGCCUGCCCCCUGGAGGGCACCUCCUUCAUUGUGGACCAGGCCAACCGGCCCCACUGUGUCCCCGACUACCACAAGCAAUAUGCCCCCAGGUGCUCCGUCUGCGAAGGGCCCAUCAUGCCUGAGCCCGGCCGCGAGGAGACCGUGCGAGUGGUCGCUCUGGAUAAGAACUUCCACAUGAAGUGCUACAAGUGUGAGGACUGUGGGAAGCCGCUGUCCAUCGAGGCGGAUGACAACGGCUGCUUCCCCCUGGAUGGCCACGUGCUCUGCCGGAAGUGCCACACCGCCAGAGCCCAGACCUAAGCGGGGGGCGGGCGAGUCCCUUCCCCAUCAGCGGACCACCCACACGGAGACCACCCUGCCCCCCUUCAGUUAUUUUUUUGACGUCCGGCCUCUCCUACGCCAACCCCCAGCCCGGGAUCCCAAGUGCCCUGUCCGGGGCCCCAGCACGGCCUAGCGCUGCAGAGUCCCAGCUCCCGGGUUCCAGCCCGCCCCCAUCCCGCAGGGACCACCCACCACCCUCCAGUGUACCCCACCCGAGGGGGCACCAGGUUGAGCACUGCUGCUUUCACUGCUGACCGAUGCCCUCGGCUGGCGCCCGGGCAGCCGCGUCCUCUGCUUGCUGAGGCCAGGAAACUCCCUGACUCCGGGAGGCUGGGCUGGGCCGGGCUGACCGGCCUGGACAUUCCCACCCACCCCCAUGCUGCCAGGUUGUGGCUACAGCUACAAAUAAAAAAACCUGUUUUCCAGAA